AUGACCGUGGCAACGGAUGCUGGCAAAAGUGUCCAUCCGUCAGCAUUUGGCUCCAACGCCGACGAACUGCUCCAUGACUCGGAAGCCACCGCCGAGAAAGCGCCUCCAACCGGGGCCAGGCGGCCAGCGGCGAAGCAGAGGUGCUUGCGCCUCGGCCCUCGUCCCGUCGCUUCAAUACCUAUCCCGGCCGUCAUCAAGCUUUCGAUUACGUACAAGAACAAUUGCGCGCCUAUGCUACAUCUGUCGAAAGGCAUGGCUACCAACAGCGGCCUGCAGAUCCCUGCGGCAGUUGCACACCUCUACCAAAUGAACGCCGCGCCGGGUGGCUCUCGAGCUUCCAGGGCUGCCAAUGCCAUGCCUGCCCUGUCAAGCCUUAUCCGGGCUUCGUCGUCACCAAACCUGUAUCCUCGCCACGCCUCAUUGGAGCCUUGCCGUCGGCCUGUCUCCCCAGUGGGGAAAUCUCUCGAUCACGCAAUCGCCUAG